AUGGCUGAGGGCUACAUGACGAAGGACCUUCUUCCCAACGAAGACUACAAUCGAAACUAUGCCAGAUGGUCAGAGGGCGGCUGGGGUAUGCUCAUAACAGGAAAUGUCAUGGUUGACCCCAAGCGAAUCAGCGGGCCCGGUGCCUUCGUCGUUAACACUGCCGUCGAUAGAAAGAUACAACUUGACAAGUACAGCGCAUUCGCCAGAGCGGCCAAACAAAAUGGAACCAAGGUUCUUGUCCAGCUCUGCCAUCCCGGUCGCCAAGCGCUGGCCGGCUCCGGGACUAAAGGCUUGUGCGAAAAGUCCAUCGCCCCUAGCCCCAUCCCAUUGCGCCUAGGCGAUGGCAUCGUUAACAAGAUCCUGGCUUCAAUGGCCUUCGGCACUCCGAGGGAGAUGACGACUGCCGAUAUCAGCCGUGUGGUCGAACACUUCGCUGAUGCGGCCAAGCUCAUGGCUGAGGCCGACCUUGACGGAAUUGAGCUCCACGGCGCACACGGAUACCUGUUGUCGCAGUUCCUGUCUGCUGAGUCGAACAUGCGCACUGAUGAAUACGGUGGAUCCGCGUUGAAGAGAGCCGCUAUGCCUGUCGAGGUUAUCAAAGCGGUGCGGGCUGCGGUGCCGAGUGCAUUCAUUAUCGGCUUCAAACUUGACUCGGUCGACUAUCAGACGACGGACGAACUAGCGGACUGCAUCGAGCAGUUUAGGGCCAUUGCUGAGGCCGGAGUCGACUUUAUCGAGAUCAGCGGUGGUACCUACGGAGAUCCCGUCAUGGUUGACGGUCCGCCGAAAUCUUCUCGCACCAAGGCCCGUGAGGCCUACUUCUUACACUUUGCCGAAACCUUCCGAUUAUCCUUCCCCAACGUGCCGCUUAUGGUGACCGGAGGUUUCCACAGCAGGAAAGGAAUGGAGGAGGCAGUCACGGGGGGCGGCACUGACCUAAUCGGGGUCGGGCGCGCGGCUGUAAUGGAGCCGUCGCUCCCAUCGGAAAUCAUGCUCAAUCCGAAUUUGCCGACAUCGGAUGCCAUUGUCAAGGUCGAACGAUAUAUCUCACCAUGGUAUCUUAACAUUGGGGUCAAAGCUAUUGGUGUAGGCUAUGAGAAUGCCAUGUAUGCCAACAAGAUGAGUAGCUAA